AGAAAAUAAUGAAAAGUCUUGGUAGAAAAGGAAGGAAAAAGAAGGAAAGAGUAGUAAAGGAACCGGUGUGUGUAUGUGUAAAGGAACAUUAGAGGAACAUAGCAACACAAAAGGAGGAAGUAUAAAGGUGUAUUUGGACGCGUUUCCAAGACAACUUAUUACAAUACAGAACACUGAAAACAUUGACUGCCUAGCCUGCCGUCUUCACUUCCGGACCGGCACACACACGGAAAACAAAAAAAAAAAAAAAAAAAAAAGAAUAGAUAAACUAACAAAAUCGAACGAAAAGGAAGCAAAUUAUAAGAUAAACCGCCAAAGAAGUGUAAUACAAUGCACUGACAACCUUAACAUUCCUUUGCUUAUCUCGUAAAAAAAAAAAAAAAAAAAUCCUGCGAGAAUUAAAACCAAAAAUGAAAAAAAAAAAGAUGAAUGUCAGAAUAUCAGUGAAAAACGUGCGCAGUGCGGCUGUUGACUUGUGAAUUAGUGAAUGAGUUAGAUCGUGACGAAUUACAAACAAGUUGACCCACACUGAUGAUGAAAAACUAGAAGUGUUAUCUAUAAUCUCUGAAAUUGUCUUUACUCUUCCUUAUCCACCAAAGUGCUCCCAAAAACCUUCAAAGCUUCGUGUCUGUUCUUGUUUAAACACCAAAAUAUGCCCAAUAAUCAUGUAAGUCCCAUUUUAAUCCUCCCUUAUCCACCAAAAUGUUCCCCAAAACCUUCAAAGCUUCGUGUCUGUUCUUGCUUAAACACCAAAAUAUGCCCAAUAAUCAUCUAAGUCCCAUUUUAAUCCUACCAGUAAUCGAAUCAACACCUCUAUUCGUCAUCCAAUGCAGAUUAACACAAACCAUGACUCCUCACUCACUUCACAGCAUUCCAGACACUAUAGUCACUCAGGAAAAGACUCCAAACUGAACCCUAAAGGAAUCAGAGCAUUCAUUCAAACUCAGAUGGCGAAAGACCCUCUCAUCUAUAGCAAAUAAUGAGUGAGAGGAGUAAUGGUGCAGCCUAAGCAUGGAGGAAGACACUCAUGAGAGCCAGGAAGCAAGAGAAGUGGCACUUUCCACCCGCUCCUCAGACUGGAAGGAAAACUCGUGUGUCUGUAGCGAAAAAUAAAAAAGAUAAGUAUUGAGAAGCGCUUUGCAUCCUCACCACGACUAUUUUCAAAGGCCAUAAAGAUGAUUAGGCGGGUUCUCAAGAGUGUCUCUUCUAUUAUUACCGUAGAAAUCCCCUUAAUCUGUCACUAAAACCGUAAAAAAAAAAAAAAUUAUAAACGUCUGCAAAUUCAAGUAGACCCUUUGAAAGUAGUCGGGGUGCAACAUAAAAGGUGUUCAGGAUAUGAAUCAAGGUUGAGACAGUAAAAACAGCACAAAUUGAUCUGCCUCCCUAGUGCGUGGCGUGACGCGGCUACCUGGUCACGAACACAAUGACGAGUGACCCUAGUGGGAGUGACACGCUUCUGGGAGACACGAGCAAUGAAUUCACACCGCUGAUGUGAACACUUUGAGUCUGUGCCAGUGACCUUGAGGCAUGGAGGUCAGACGCGCCUCCCUCGCCGGUAAAGCCAUGGAUGUCCCCGCGCCUAAAGAGAAAGGAGGGCGUAUGGACCCCAUAGGCGGCGCAGCGAAGCCCAACGGCGUGGUGGCGGGCGGUAAGCUAGCCAGUUUGAGGGCGCUGAGUGGUGGGCGGCGGAGUGACGAGUUAGCUAACAGAGGAAACUUGUCCGUGGAUGGCCUGCUGGCGAGUAAGGGAGUCAUCAGUAGUGGACCGUUACCUUACAGCGGGGACCUGGCCAGUAACGUAGGCAUCAAUGCGGGCGUGGGUGGCGGAAUGGGCGUGAGUGGCGCGGGCGGCGGUGCGGGUUCACAAGGCUUCGUAGAAUUGUCAAGACGACGGCUGGCUAACGACCCCGCCAUGAUGCGAGAACUAAAACGAUACCAAGAGCUGAUGCUACAAACACUGCUGCCAACCAUCUCCAGUGACGGGGAGCACCACCACGCCCCGCAGCGCCUCCACCUCGCCCAGGACUCCCCAGAAGCCUUUCCAGGCCAGCGAGGACAGCCGGACGGCACGGAUGACCCCGACAGAAACCUGAACGAGCACCUGCCGCGACCUGAACCUACAGACGCAAUCUCUGGUGUCACACAACAUCUGACGCCCCUCCGCCACGCCACCACGCACACAACCAAGUCCGCCUGUAGCCACGAGAGUCAGGGCAGCAGGAGCGUGCCGUCAGGUCCAGCUAGUGCAGGAACACGACUCCCCCACGCUGUCUACCACCACAUGGACACAUCGCCGCGUCCCUCACGCCGGAGAAGAAGUAGCGAUGACCAGCACAGGAGAGGACGUAGAAGGAGUCACGACGAGGGUGCGCACAGACGGAGGAGCCAUGGGGACGAGGCGCGGGAGGAAGAGGUAGAGGAGGAGGAUGUGGAGUCGUCGAGGCUGCAGGGAGCAAAUGCUGGGGAGCUCGACCUCUUGACCCUGGCGGCGCUGUACCUGGAGAGCCGCCACCGCGUGUUUGGCCAGGAGCUGCACCACGCCCCUCCUAACACAAGGCCACACACUCAAGGAGGAACCCAGGGCAUUGUCGGCACAGGAAUCGCAGGGACAGGAAUCGCAGGGACAGGAAUCGCACGUCCUCGCCGUCUCUCACCACUCUCUCCGUCAGACUCACCGCCCAAGGAAGAGAAGGACAAGGAACGUAUGAUUUUCUCCGCAGUGAUGCCAACGCCAGCAGGACUCCACCUCUCUGUCAACUACACGCAGAAUCUUGGUCUUGAGGAGUCAAUAUACCUUGCUGAGCGUGCCCGUGCCCUCCGUCCACGCCUUCGUCGGCUUAACUCACUUGACGACCUCCUCCCCUCAUCAUCGGGCCCCUCCUCCGCCUCCCACCUGCAGAAGGCCACCUCCGCCCCUGACCUUUCCUCCAGCGGCCACGGCAGGAAAGGGAAUCUUGACUUGGUCCUGUCCCGCGUGUCUUCCCAGGACAGCCUCUCCCCGUCCUUAGUCACGCCAGCGAGAGCCAAUACUCCAACGGAGGCCAGACACUCAGCAGCCCUUGUCCGCCCGCAGAUGGUAGGCGGGUCCCUGGCCACGAACUCAACUGUGGACACCGCGAAGACCUCCACCACGCAGGGACAAGGCCAGGACGUGCUUGGUAACCUGACGAAGAAGCGCCAACUUUCCCAUCUCCCAGACUCCUCGCGUGCCGCCCUCCCGCCACCCCGCUUGUCCCUCCGUAGCGCCCGUGUGCCACAGGAGUCCUUGGUGAGGGAUCUGCCCCGCACCCCGCCCCCUACAGCUUCAGAGGGCGUGAGGAGGGUAGGAAGAGUGCAUCUUGAGCCUCUUGGUGUUAGGAAAUCCUCGCAUUGAGAGAGAGAGAGAGAGAGAGAGAGAGAGAGAGAGAGAGAGAGAGAGAGAGAGAGAGAGAGAGAGAGACCAUAGUAUUACUCAAAAGAAGUUAUGGUCAUUGCACGAACCUUGAAGAACAUAUCUUAAUUUUUCUUUUCAUCUGUUUCAUCUGUUUCUUCAUAGCUCCAAUAAAGGAAACAGCGACACACUAACCAAGGAAAGUAAAUGAAGCUUCAAAGAGAGAGCUCGCUGAGGAAACUGAAAACAAAGCGAGAUGAAGGAAAGUAGGAAGACAAAAUAGAGGAAAGGAGACAAAGCAAAAGGAAAGGAAAGGAGUUAGUAAUAGUGGAAGAGAGACAUUUUCACCAUAUAACAAAACUGUGUCACGUGAGAUGAAUGCAGAGUGAAGCUUCGAAAAGAUAACUUGAUAACCUAGGUUUUUGAAGUUUGAGUGAGUAAGUGCAUGAGUGUGUCUGGCUUAUCCCGGGGUGGUGCAGCUUGGCUUGGCGUGGCGUGGUAUUGGCAAGCAUGCGUGUGUGGCUUAAUAAUUCAAAAACUGACGGUCAAUCAAUAGCAACAGCUGACCACUCAGUAUUACCGUGUAUUAUUCAUCUUGACCCAGCAUUCCUCUGUGCGAAUAUGUGUAUAAUCUUCAUCAGGAUAUGUAUUAGGAAAGAGCAUGCCGUAUUUUUGUUCUCCUUCAUCAGUGUAUACAUAAGCUAUUGAAGGCUGUACCUGUGAUAACCUGUCUUUGGAAAACUACGUGAACUAAUUAAUGAAC